UGUGCGCACUUUGCGGAGCAGCCACUUGCUGCAGAGUGGAUGCAGAGUUCAGCUCCGGCUUUGCCCGUGGUCCCCCCCACCCCGGCAGCCACAGCUCAGGCUCCGGCUCUGAUUCAGGGCGAGAGCAGAGGAUGGAUCUCUAUCACUUCGCUUUUCUCUGCGGCGCUCUGGUGUUUGUUAGGGAAAUCCCCGGUUUUCAUACUCUUGCUAUUUUUCCUCCAGCUGCGCCAAAGAGCAGCAAGGUGACGAGGAUUUUUGAUGGACAACACGCUUCUAAGUACUUCAAGGAGUUUUACGCGCCGCCAUCCAUCGAUAGAAACAGUAAAACGACAUCUAAAGACUCAGUUGAGCCUCAUGACUACAUGCUGUCUAUUUACAAGACCUUCUCCACGGCGGAGAGACUGGGACUCAACGCCAGUUUCUUUCGCUCUUCAAAAGCUGCAAACACUAUUGCAAGUUUUGUGGACAAUGGGGAAGAUGACCUCCCACUCUCCCCUCUGAGGAGACAGCAGUAUCUGUUCGACGUCUCAACGCUCUCCAAAAAGGCGGAGGUGCUGGGAGCUGAGCUCAGAAUAUACACCAAAGUGUCUGGGAAUUUCAGGAUAUCGGAAACAGAGCCUGUGGACAUCCAGCUCCUCUCCUGCCACGACCAGCAGCUGCUCGACUCCAAAACACUGGACUUGCAGGAUUCCCAGGGGCCGAAGUGGGAGGUGUUGGAUGUGUGGGAAAUAUUCAAAGAGCAGCAUCACCUGAGCCAGGGGAAGCACUUCUGCCUGGAGCUCAGGGGCAUGCUGGACAACCCAGAGAGGGAGCUGGACCUGCACCUUCUGGGCUUGCACAGGCAUGGCAGGCCUCAGCAGAAGAAAGCCAUCUUAGUGGUGUUCACUAGGUCGAAGAAGAGGCAGACUCUCUUCAGUGAGAGGAGAGAGGGGAGAGAAUUGCUGGGUCUACAGAGGAAGACCAAAGACAGGGGCCCUGUCACCACAGCCAGCAGGAGAAGAAGGACGGCUGCAUCCAAAACACGCCAUGGGAAGAGACACGGCAAGAAGUCCAAAUCCAGGUGCAGCAAGAAGCCGCUGCACGUCAACUUCAGAGAUCUUGGCUGGGACGACUGGAUAAUCGCCCCGCUGGAUUAUGAGGCGUACCACUGCGAGGGAGUGUGUGACUUCCCCCUGCGCUCCCACCUGGAGCCCACCAACCAUGCCAUCAUCCAGACUCUGAUGAAUUCAAUGAACCCCAGCAACAUGCCGCCUAGCUGCUGCGCCCCAUCCAAACUCAGCCCCAUCAGCAUCCUCUACAUCGACUCAGGAAACAAUGUGGUCUACAAACAGUACGAGGACAUGGUGGUUGAGUCUUGUGGCUGUAGGUAGUAGAUCUGGCUUCACUUUGACCAUCUCCUUGUUCGUCAGGCUCUCUGGUUUGUGUUAAUUGACCAGCAUUACAGUGUGUGUGGUGGUGAGGCUGCAACUGAAACAAGGAAAGAUGAAGACUUUCAAAAACUUAGUGAUACAUUUUCUAACCAUGCACCCAACAAGGUCAUGUUCAAUACCUCAAACAUUUGUGUUCUUGUUCUUCUCUGUAUGUUACAGCAUACUCAUGAAUAUAUGAGAUUAAUUUGUUGGAAACUCUUUAUCUUCUGUUUCACCAAAUCAACAAAAGGUUUAAAGGUAUACUGUGCAUGAUUUAGUGCCAUCUAGUGGUAAAGUUGCAGAUUGCAACCAACUGAAACAUCUCCUGUGUGCCAAACAUGUAGGAGAACUACAGUGGCUGAAACAAAAAUGCAUAUGGCCCUCUCUAGAGCCAGUGUUUGAUUAGUCCAUUCUGGGCAACUGUAGAAACAUUCUAAGGCAAUGAAAACACAAUCAUUUUUAGCUUCAGGUAAUUAUAAACGAAAGAAAACACAUUUAUUAUAUUCCAUGUCAGCCAAUAUAUCCCCCCAAAAUCCUAUACACUGGACCUUUAAAUGAAUAUUUCAACAUUUUGGCAUAUAUGCUUAUUCGCUGUCUUAACUGAGCAUUAGAUGAGAAGACUUGACACCACUCACCUGUAUGUAUGGUAAAUAUGAAGCUAGCUUAGCUUAGCAUAAAAACUGUAAACAGGGGGAAACAGCUAGCCUGUCACCCAAGUUUAAUACAUUCAAGUAUAUCAAUAAACCAGUUAGCUUGAGCUGUGCUGGUAUCAAGGUUAAUAUAGUUAAUAUAUAUAGUUAUAACUAAAACUCAACCAAAAAAGUAAAAGUGGGUGUGAAAAACCAUUUUAGUUAUUUGAAAUUUAAAAAAAAACAACUAGAAUUUAGAAAAAUAGAUACAAAUGAAAAAUAAAAUAAAAUAUAUACAGGAAAUGUCUUUAGUUUUAGUCUUUGUCAAUUUGUUCAAAUGUGUCAACACAACAAGAACGAGGAGGCAUUGGUGUGUAUGUUUGAAACUGGGAUGUCUACAUAACUGUGAGUCAGUUGCCUUCACAAAGUGCUGUGUUUGUAUUGUAACACCUAUUCUGAACUUUUUCAGUCUUGCCCCUGACAAAUAUUCCCCAUAUUGUGAUACAAAGACAAACUAAAGCUAAUACUGAAACUAAUAAAAACAAAACUAAAAUGAAACUGAAACGAGCAAACUCUGGAAACUAAUUGAAACUAAACUGAAUUAAAAACAAAAUUAAGAUAAAAACUAAUGAAAAAUUGUUUCCUCCUGUUUUCAGUCAUAAUGCUAAGCUAAAUUAGUGUGACUGAAGCCGUACAAACGUAAGAGUGGUAUAAAUCUUAUUAUUUAGCUCUUAGCAAGAGAGCAAAUCAUUUCCAAAUAUGCUGAAGUAUUCCUUUAAAAGAGACAUUAAAUAUCCUCCAUUUGAGAAAUUAGUCCUUUAGUUUUAUAAAACUAUUGCCAGUGUAAAAAUAAAACAAAUGCACCACUUUUUUUUCCCUUUGCCACCCAUAAGUUGGCCCAUGAGACCAUGUUAGAGACUAUGUUAAACUCUCAUGGACUGCUUUUAGGGGUGGGUAUCACCAGAGGCCCCACGAUACGUCAUAGUCACAAUACUUAAGUCACAACACAAUAUUAUUGCAAUUUUAAACAUAAUUUUGAGAUAUGCUAUAUAUUGCAACAACAUAUAUUAGGAUUUAACUGCAAAUUAUCACCCCGUCAACAUCUAUUUUAUGUAAUAAGAUAAAGUUUUCAGUCUGUUCAUCUCACUUUAAUUAUUUUUCUUGCAGCAAAAUGUAUCUAGUGGACUGGAAAAGCAAUUGAUUUUAGUAGGCUACCAAAAGUUUAAUUUGUAUUUGCAAUAUUAUGAAUUCUAAAAAAAAAAAAAAUCAGUACUUGACAUUUGUGUAUUGAUACGAUAUUGCCAUGCAUGCUGUAUUGAAAUUUUUCCCCCAUGAACUUCUAAUAUAUGUAAUAAUAGAUUAGUCUCUGUGGAAAGCCCUGUGUAACUUUAUGUCCAAAUUCAUUACAGGGGUUUAACGAUAAUAAAAAAAAAACUCCUUCUUUUUAAAUGUAGAACACUUGAUGACUGAACCAAACUGACAGAUUACACUUUUGUGGCCUGUUUCUUCUUUUAAUUUUCUUAGAAACUGAAUGAUAAACAUCAGGUAAACAUUUUUUUUCCCAUAAUGGACGUCUUGACUGACGUCUCUGCUAGGAUUAAAAAGCAGAUUUUCAGCACUUGACAUGACCUAUGACUCAGGGAACGUCCUCAAGUGCUGGAGUGACUGUGAAGUCAUCUUUUUUUUCCAGAUUGAACCACCGUCAGUACAUUUCCAAAAAAGAAAUACAGCACAGGGUUUCUCACCAGUUUACUGUUUCAUUGAGGAGAUGCAUAAUUUUGUCUGUGAUGCACUGAUGUUCAAAGGUACCAUGUGUAAAUAUUUGGAAAUAAUAAUUUAUGUUCUAUAAUAAGUUAUUUCUUUUUCUUUUUUUUUUAUUGUCCGCUUUGUUCCAGACGGCAUGAGUCACACAUCUGGAUGUUCAGGUUCAAAUAAACACAUGUUUUGGUAACAAAACGUGACAGCUAUGUUCUGCACUCAGACUGUGAAAUACUGUAGUAUUACCGGUGGUUUUAAUGUAUACUACACACAUAGGAAUAAUUAUUCACCAAAAGAAAACAAAACUUUGUUUGGUGAACCCUUUUUUUUUGGUUCUACUGUUGUUUAAAGCAUUAGUGACACAUUUAGCCUCUUAUAUUUUGUUUUGAAUUAUUUACUGGAGUCUGAAAAUAAUAUAUUAUACUGAUUGUUACUGUAAGUAAGAUAAAUAGAAAAUUCAUUGUCAUCUCUUUGCUUUCCUGCAUCAAACCUUAUUACAGCAGAAAAUGAAUUGAUAAUGUAUUUUUACGCAGUAAAAUAAUCAGUAAAAUUGUUUAACCAAAUUAAUCUAUUCUUAUAUACUGUGUGAACUGUACAAUGUGUAGAGUAACAGGCAAAUUAAAAUGUCUUGAACUUAACAUCUCAUUAAAGUGUGGAAUUUACUGAUACUAUUACUGUUUUUGGU